UCAACAUAGAAACUUCACUUCAUUCAAAGCCUCUCAAAUCUCAAUCUUCUUAGUUGUCCUUUUAUCCCUUCAAUUGUUCCACAAAAUUUGGUAACUUUAGAGAGAAAGAGAGAUGGCUAGCUGCAGCAUGGCAUCUGCUGCUUCUGGGUUUGUGAUGACGCCUAAUGUUGCCUCCAACACAGGCUCUGCUCCAAAGACCAGUACCCUGUUCUUUUCUUCAAGGACCAACACCAACCCAACCAACAACAUAUCAAGAGUGCUUGUGGUAAGGGCCGCAGAGGAGGUGGCAGGGGCGACCACAGCGGCAACUGAAGCUCCAAAGCCUAAACCACCACCAAUUGGACCACCCAGAGGCGCCAAGGUGAAAAUUCUUAGGAAGGAGUCCUACUGGUUCAACGGUAUUGGAUCUGUAGUUACUGUUGACCAGGACCCGAAGACUCGAUACCCAGUUGUGGUUCGAUUCAACAAGGUUAAUUACGCUAAUGUAUCUACAAACAACUAUGCUUUGGAUGAAGUCCAAGAAGUUAAAUGAGUGAUGACUGCCUUUGUAAUACUGAAUUCCUUAUUCUCUGUCUCUUCAACCUGUAUCAUAUCAUACUCUGUUACUUAUUCUGUCAAGUUGAAUCAGUUUUCUUCACUGUGUA